AUGGGCCCACGGCGACAAUCUGCUCGCUUACGUGGAGCCCCUCCUACAACCCAAAACUCUACACCAGAUCCACCGAUGGCACACACUCACACUGCGCCAUCUGAAGCAUCCCGAACUACCAAAAGGUCUAUAACUCCCAUAGAUCAGUCGCCUGAUGAAGACCGACCACCAGCUUCUGCCAGAAACCCCGAGCACGACGAGACACCCAGAAAUGUCGACGGCUGGACAAACAUAGAGUUUACCAAUCUAGAGUUUGCGGACAUCGUCUACAAAGUGGAUGAGAAGAGGAGGCUUCUAGUCAACUCGAUACAGCAACUUCCCACUCCAGAAGUGGACUACAUCCUCGCAUCCUCGCCCUAG